AUGGCCUGCACAGAUGAUAAUUUCGGUAAGGAUGUGCAAAAUCAUCUUGAUGCACCGAUGCCAUGGAUAGGCAUGUAUAUUGCUGCAGCCUCUCUAAUCUGUUCUCUGGCAAUGGCAGCUGACGCCUUCCAUGGAUUCCGAAGCAACAAAUUCUGGCUCCCAUCAAAUUAUUUCUCCCUAAAUGCUACUUUCUUGACAUUUUUAGCUGUCUCUUUGAAGCUGCCAGUUGACCUAACGGCGCGGAUGUGGGCUGGUAUAGACAGGCUUGCUAAGGUAAGCAGUCUGAUUUUGAUGUCAACUGCAAUUGGCAAUUUCAUGCCAUCUUUGGGAUCCAUGAAUGAUAAAGAGAUACUAAUGAAUGUAACUGCUUUAGGCAUCUUGGUACUUACUGUGAUUGUGAAUGUCUGCGUUCAAAUUGUUCAAAUGCGUCGUUUUCUUGAUCGCCGAAUAAUGUUUGUCGAGGAAAUAGUAGCGUUGAUUUUCAUGUUUCUUCAGCUUGUAAUGUUGGUUUCUUCGGCUAUAACGGUCCCCACCAUGAAAAAAUAUCUCAAAUCCAAAUAUCGAGAAAUGCUUAAAAUGGCUUCUGAUGAAGAACAAGUGGAGAGGAAAAAACUUACAAUUGAUCAGUUGAGAGCGAUGGUUAAGAAAUAUUGGGUGAUGGCAGAAACUAGCUGUCCUCAGUUUGUGAUUGCGCGUUCUGCAACGUGUACUGCUUCAGGUGUGAUCUGUUUGCUGAUUGCUCUCGUUUUGGCAGAAGCUCUGCUUCGUAUGCUAAUGGUGUAUAAAACAUUUAGGCGAACUGCUUCUUACUAUGACUCGUCAACCAUUGGGAUUCUGCUCUUUCAUUCUAUCGGAGUGACUUUAGGUACUAUUGCCCCAGCAUUGAGAUGGUACACUGCCAUAAAUUUCAAAUGCUCAGAAGAAGGCAAAAGAAGCGCCUUCAAAGAUGAACUCAAAAUCGAGAAGUAUUGGACACAGAUGCUCGUUGAGUGGAAAGAAAGCCCGUUACCUUGGCACAUUCGUGAUCGUAAGUGGAGAAAACUUCUUCACAAUACAAAAAGGCCAAUUCUGAGUUUCUUUGUUAGAGUUCAGAUACUGGUUGUUCUAGCCAGUAAACUUGUUCGAAUCAUCUCUGUCUUCAUCAUGAGUCCAAUCAUCUCGUUCUUCCACAAUAUGGGAAAGCUGGAGAAUGCGUCCUACUCUAGUGGAUCACGUGUCCAGGUUUCAGAAUUAGGAUUGAAUACAGAGCCGGACUUUAGCCGUUAUGUUCUGCUACUAGAAGGUGAGGUACAGUUGCCUCAAAAGACCCUGCAAAACAUCUGCAAUCAGGUGGAUAAAGUGAUCCAAAUAGGUGAAAUGCAGCAACCUAAAAAACUCAUAAAACUUAUUAAGUUAUUUGGCGAUUUUCGUGGGGUGAGUGAAUUUGACAGCAGCAAAGUUCCAAGUCUGCAUGUUCACGAACCUCCUAAUUGCUGGUCCCUGCCUCUGGUGACGCUAACAAGUAUUUCCAUUGCACUUCCCAACAUCUCGACUCGCAACGCUAACUGGUUACUGAGCAGCGUGAAUGAAGGCCUGUUCUUCGUAAAAUUUAUCGAGAAAUGCCUGGACAGCAAUCGUGAUUUAGUAAACAUCAGAAAUGCAGCCAACGUUGUCUGGGUAGGAGUCGAACUUUAUAGGAAAUGGCACGACAAUGAUCUCAAAGAAAUGUCCCUUAAAGGAAGAAAGUCGAAGGAAACACUACAAGAACUCUCUAAUAAAGCCGAGAAGACUGUUUCAGAGUUCAAGAGAGAUGUGAAAGAUUUUCUUAUGGAGGAUCCUCUUAAUUGGCCAGUUAAGGUUAUAGCAGCUAACUCGAUGUACAGGAUCUGUCGAACUAUUUUGCUCGACUUGGAAGAUGAUUGUCCUUUGACAGACGAGGGAAUGUUCGAACGAUUAACGGUCAUGAUUGCAGAUAUACUCGCGGCUUGUCUUACCAAUUUACCCCGUGUUAUAACGAUCAAGUGUCACCGGAAUGCCAUAAACCAUGGGGCGAAAGCCGUCCGGCAAGCAGCUCUCCUGUUGGGUGAAAGUCAAGAAAUUCUUCAAAUUCUUCAGCAGCAUAGAACACCCAGCCUUGAUCCUGAUCAAGCUGCUUAUAUUGAAAAGUGGCGUACCUUUAGAGAGCAAGAAAAUUAG